AUGUGCUUUACAAAAAGUAACAGUUUAGUGAGGAUUCUGGUCCUCCUGUGUUUCUCUCGUACCAUAAAUCUCUCAUCCGGAGUGAACACCAUUUCUGCAAGCCAGUCUCUUUCUGGAGACCAAACAAUCGUAUCCAAAGAUGAAGUGUUCGAGCUGGGUUUCUUCAAAGCAGGUAACUCUUCCAAGUAUUACAUAGGCAUAUGGUAUAACAAGGUCUCUUCCAAUCCCCCCACCAUAGUUUGGGUGGCGAACAGAGAAACACCCAUCUCUGAUAGAUUUCGUUCAGAACUAAAAAUCAUUAAUGGUAAUUUGGUGCUCUUGAAUGAGUCCAAGUUCCAGAUUUGGUCCACAAAUGUCUCCACCACCACUACUUUGAAGUCUGUAAUAGCUGUUCUUCUUGAUGGUGGUAACUUAGUCUUGAGAGACAGUACUUCAAAUUCAAUUGAACCUUUUUGGCAAAGUUUUGAGCACCCAACUCACACUUGGUUGCCUGGUGCUAAACUUGCUUAUGAUAAUAGAACCAAAAAAAGCCAGCUUCUUACAUCAUGGAGAAGCAAAGAAGAUCCUGGUGUAGGACUCUUCUCUUUGGAGCUUGACCCGUUUACUACAGAGUACAUAAGCAAGUGGAAUGGCUCCCAACGAUAUUGGACAAGUGGUGCUUGGAAUGGGAAAAUAUUUGAGUUAGUACCAGAAAUGAGGUUGAAUUACAUUUACAAUUUCAGCUACCAGACGAAUGAGAAUGAGAGUUACUUCACUUAUUCUGUGUAUAAUCCUUCCAUUAUAUCUAGAUUCAUAAUGGAUGUUUCUGGUCAAGUUCAGCAACUAACAUGGCUGGAAGCUAGCAAACAGUGGAAUUUAUUUUGGUCUCAACCUAGAACGCAAUGCGAGGUCUACGCUUUGUGUGGGGCUUUUGGGACUUGCAGCCAAUCUGGAUUACCUUUCUGUAAUUGCUUGACUGGCUUCAAGCCUAGAUCUGAGAGUGAUUGGAAUCAGAGUGAUUUUUCUGGUGGAUGUGUACGGAAAACCGAUUUACAGUGUGGGAGAAACGUGGAAAAGGCUGAUUUUCUCAAGAUUACAGUCAAGAGUUUGCCUCCAAAUAAAUCCAUGGCAGUUGGGAGUGCUGGAGAAUGUCGUACCACCUGUUUGAACAGUUGCUCAUGUAAUGCUUACUCUUUUGUCGAUAAUCAGUGUUUGGUUUGGAAUGGAGAUCUCUUGAACCUCUCGGAAGACAAUGAUAAUGAUAGUGGGAAAACAAUCUUUGUCAAAGUCGCUUCUAAAGAUCUUCCACGUCAUAAAAAGACUAAUUGGGUCACCGUGGGUGCUGUUGUUGGGUUUGUAGGAGGAGUGGUUUUUGUCUUGGGUGUAACUUUGGUCUUGAUCUUUAGAAAAAAGAGGAUAUCGGUGGUUAAUGGUAAGCGAAAUGCAGAGCAAUCGGAAGAUUCAAGGAGUCCAUUCUUCCCUUGUUUAGCUUCUAAUGUUCUGAAGGUGGGAGGUGAUGUCCUUAGCUUGGUAGACAGAAGGUUAAACAGGGAAGCUAGUGUUGAAGAAGUCUCGAAAAUAUGCAAAGUUGCAUGUUGGUGUAUCCAAGAUGAGGAAGACAGUAGGCCUUCAAUGAGUUUGGUGGAACAGAUCCUUGAAGGGGUUAUGGAUGUGAAUAUGCCUCCGAUCCCUCGAUCUGUCACGUUAUUUGUUGAUAACACCGAGCGUGUUGUUUUCUUCACGGAAUCACCCUCAAAAGAGAGUUCCUCCCAGUCGAAGAGCUCCUCUUCUUGA